UUUAUUUCCAUUGCUCUCCCCACACUACACCCAAGUCGUUUCAGCACCAGCGCAUUUUCCUUUUUCGUACUCAUUGUUGCAUCUGCAGAGUUGAAAACUAUCUGCAGAUUGCUGGAAUUUGAGUGAUUAGAAUGGCAAGACAUUGGCAGCAUUUUCCACCUGACGAGGAGCUGUCAUCAUCGCCCAGUAGCGCGCAGUCGAGGGAUAUGGAUGGACCUGGGAGGUGGACGGAGUACUUGGGUCACGAUGUGCCCUCAACAGCGGCCCCUAAAGGCUCGAGGAACGCUGUGACUGAAGGAGCUAGUUCGAGCGGGUCUAGUCAUAAAGGGGUGAGCAUGCAGUGGGCAUACCAGCUCACCCAAGUAGCUGAGGGGCUGUUGGCCAAAAUGUAUAGAUUAAAUCAAAUUUUAGAUCAUCCUGAUGUGACGGGUCUUGGGUACUCAGAGGUGUUUUGGAAGUCUGGGAUUUUCCCGAACCAUCCCAAGAUAUGUAUAUUCCUCUCAAGGAAGUUUCCCGAGCAUCACAGCAAGCUGCAGCUUGAACGAGUUGACAAGAUUGCGUUGGAUGCGAUGAAUGAUGGCGCAGAGGUUCACCUACAAAGUUUAGAACCAUGGAUUCAGUUGCUUCAUGACCUGAUGGCGUUUCGGGAACAUGCUUUGAGGCUUAUAUUGGACCUGAGCAGUACAGUCAUUACCUUGCUGCCUAACCAGAACUCUCUUAUACUGCAUGCAUUUAUGGACCUCAUUUGUGCCUAUGUCCGUGUCAAUCUGUUCUCCGAAAAGAUGCCCAGGAAAAUGAUGCUGCAAACAUAUAAUCUUUUGCACGCCACAACAAGAAAUGACAGAGACUGUGAUUUCUAUCACCGGUUAAUUCAAUUUGUUGAUUCCUACGAUCCACCCUUGAAGGGUCUGCAUGAGGAUCUUAAUUUUGUCAGUCCUCGCAUUGGAGAGGUACUAGAGGCAGUUGGUCCCAUUAUAUUUUUAUCUACCGAUACAAGGAAGUUGCGGAAUGAGGGCUUUUUAAGUCCAUUCCAUCCUCGAUAUCCUGACAUACUUACAAAUUCGGCACAUCCAAUGAGAGCUCAAGAUCUCGCAAAUGUUACUUCUUAUCGUGAAUGGGUAUUGUUUGGGUAUCUAGUUUGUCCUGAUGAGCUUCUCAGGGUCACAAGCAUUGACAUCGCUUCGGUUGUUUUGAAGGAGAACUUAGUCCUUUCAUUGUAUCGGGAUGAGUAUAUACUGUUGCAUGAGGACUAUCAGUUAUAUGUUUUGCCUCGAAUAUUGGAGUCAAAGAAGAUGGCAAAGACUGGGCGCACAAAACAGAAAGAAGCAGAUCUGGAGUAUAGUGUGGCUAAGCAGGUUGAGAAAAUGAUAAGUGAAGUGCAUGAACACACUUUACAUUCUUGUGAUAUCAUUCACCGAGAAAGACGAAUAUUCUUAAAACAAGAGAUUGGAAGAAUGGUUCUCUUUUUCACGGAUCAGCCUAGCCUGUUGGCUCCUAAUAUCCAGAUGGUAUUUUCAGCACUGGCUUUUGCUCAAAGUGAGGUACUUUGGUACUUCCAACAUGUAGGUGUAGUAUCACAAAAAUCAAAAACUGCUCGCGUGGUUGCAGUAGAAAUUGAUUCAAGUGAUCAAACAAUUGGUUUCAUAUUAGAUGGAAUGGAGUGCCUUUGUGGUCUUGUGCGGAAGUAUAUUUCAGCAAUUCGAGGCUAUGCUUUAUCAUACCUGUCAUCCUGUGCUGGUAGAAUACGAUUUCUGUUGGGAACACCAGGGAUGGUUGCUCUUGACCUCGAAGCGAACUUGAAGGGUCUUUUUCAGGAGAUUGUUCAACAGCUAGACACCAUUCCAAAGCCACACAGUGAAAAUGUUUCAGCAAUCACAUGUGAUUUAUCUGACGUACGCAGAGAUUGGCUAUCAGUAUUGAUGAUUGUUACUUCUGCACGAUCAUCUAUAAAUAUUCGGCAUCUGGAGAAGGCUACUGUUUCUACUGGAAAAGAAGGAUUGUUGUCUGAAGGAAAUGCUGCAUACAACUGGUCCAGGUGUGUUGAUGAACUUGAAGCUCAGUUAUCUAGACAUGGUAGCUUGAAGAAUCUAUACUUCUAUCACAAGCAUCUUACAACAGUCUUUCGUAACACCAUGUUCGGGCCAGAAGGUCGUCCACAACAUUGUUGUGCAUGGCUUGGUGUUGCUAGUAGCUUUCCUGAAUGUGCUUCUUCAAUCAUCCCUGAGGAGGUAGCUAAAAUUGGCCGUGAUGCUGUUCUCUAUGUUGAGUCCCUCAUUGAAUCCAUCAUGGGAGGCUUGGAAGGACUAAUCAAUAUUCUUGACUCCGAAGGUGGAUUUGGUUCUCUCGAGAUGCAGCUUCUACCAGAGCAGGCUGCACAUCUCAUGAAUUUGACUUCAAGAAUAUCUACUCCUUCAGCGAAAUUACCAAAAGCAAUGUCCGGUUUUCAUUUGCCUGGCUACGAGAGCUACCCUGAAAACAACAAUUCCAUUAAGAUGUUAGAAGCUGCUAUGCAGAGGUUAACAAAUCUUUGUUCAGUUUUGAACGAUAUGGAGCCAAUCUGUGUUUUAAACCAUGUCUUUGUUCUGAGGGAGUAUAUGAGAGAAUGUAUACUCGUGAACUUUAGGAAGAGACUGCUAGCGGUUCUUAAAAGUGAUAAUGAUCUUCAACGCCCUUCUGUAUUAGAAGCACUUAUACGCCGACAUACAGCUAUAGUGCAUCUAGCUGAACAACAUGUUAGCAUGGACCUAACACAGGGCAUCCGUGAAAUUUUACUGACAGAGACAUUCUGUGGUCCAGUUUCAUCUCUACAUAUGUUUGAGAAAGCUGCAGAGCAGUCCACAGGAUCAGCAACUGAAGCUGUGUGUGAUUGGUACAUUGAAAACAUUGUGAAGGAUGUUUCUGGUGCCGGCAUCCUCUUUGCACCACUUCAUAGAUCCUUCAAGAGCUCAAGACCUGUUGGGGGAUAUUUUGCUGAGUCCGUCACUAAUCUCAGGGAAUUAAAAGCUUUUGUUCGUAUUUUUGGUGGUUAUGGGGUUGACCGGUUCGACAGAAUGAUCAAAGAGCACACUGCAGCACUGCUGAACUGCAUUGACACGUCACUGCGGGCCAACCGUGAGGUUUUGGAGGCAGUUGCAGGAAGCAUGCACUCCGGUGACCGGAUUGAUCGAGACACAAAUAUCAAGCAAAUCAUUGAUAUGGACACCAUGGUUGGGUUCUGUGUACAGGCAGGAGAGGCUAUUGCAUUUGACUGUCUUCUAGCUGAAGCUGCUGGAGCUGUAUUACAAGAAGGUGCUCCUCUCAUUCAUUCUUUACUAGCAGGGGUCACUAAGCAUUUGCCUGAGGAAAUACCUGAGAAAAAGGAAGUAAGAAGGUUAAGGAGGGUGAUAAACAGUGUUGCUCUAGCUGAUGACCAUGAUUCGGAGUGGGUCAGGUUAAUUUUUGAAGAGGUUGGUGGGGGUGCAAGUGAUGGUUCGUGGAGCUUUUUGCCGUACUUAUUUGCCACUUUCAUGACAUCAAACAUCUGGAGUACGACAGCUUUCAAUGUUGACACUGGAGGCUUCAACAACAACAUUCAUUGCUUGGCAAGGUGUAUUUGUGGUGUUAUUGCAGGAAGUGAAUUUGUCAGGCUCGAAAGAGAACAUCAGUUGAAGCAGUCUUUUUCAAAUGGUCACACUGAUGAGGCAUUGGAUCCUGCUGAGGUACAUAUCCGUUCAUCUGUCGAGGCAAGCAUCAAGUCCACAAUGCAACUUUUUGUCAAAUUCUCUUCUGGAAUUAUCCUGGAUUAUUGGAAUGAAAACAACAGAUCUAGCAUUGUAGCAAAGCUCAUCUUCCUAGAUCAAAUUUGUGAGAUGUCUCCAUUCCUUCCAAGAAGCACACUUGAAAGCUACAUUCCAUACGCCAUUCUCCGAUCCAUCUACAGCCAGUAUUACUCAAACUCCUCUUCUGGCCAACAACUUGCAUUGCUGAACUCAUCUCCCCGAUAUUCACCUUCUGUUGCGCUUGGGCACUCAUCUCUGGCAGCAGCAAGGCAGCAGCCUCACCGUGAAUAUUCAACCCAUGCAAGUCUUAAUGAUUCUGGCUACUUUAAUAAGCCAUCAUCAUCAAGCCACAUCCAAAACCACCAGCUGUACGAAACUGACAGCGGAAGCAUUGAAAUUAGGCAUAGAAAUAUGCGGCGAUCUGGGCCACUGGAUUAUAGUGACAGUCGCAAAGUAAAACAUAUGGAAGGAUCGACAUCCUCAAGUACAGGACCAAGGUCUGCGAUCUCCAAGUCCGGCCCUCUGUCUUACAAGUACAACAACAAAUAAAGGCAAAUCCUAGGCUCCUAGCAUAGCCAACUUGAUUGUACAUUUGCUUAGUGUCAAUAUUUGAUAGCGGUAAUUUACGCACAACUUUAUGCUCAUAUAAUAACAUUGUUUAUUUCUACUUGGAAAGUCCAGUUUCAUACUCAAUGCAUUGUCUCAGGAUGAUUUAUUUAUUUGAAUGAGUGUUUUUCCUUGAAAAAUGUAAAGAAAAUAUACGUUUUAUGUGUAUAUGUCAUGUGUGUGCAUAUAUUUCUAGGAGG